UUCGACUGCGGCUUCUUUUGGGAGGUAGGUUCUUCAAACGGGUAGUGUCUUCUGUUUAGGUCCGCCUGUCUUGUCCCUCCCUAUUCAUCUGUGCCCUCUAGCUUGGGUUUUGGUUCCCAACAGUAAUUGAUGAAGAUGUGGACUCGCCAUAUCUUAGGAAAGAAAACAAAAUUUAUGCUUGCCUGAUAAAUUUUAUUUAUUUCCGGAUAUAUGGUGAGUCCACGGCCCCGCCCUUUAUUUCAAGACAGUUCUUUUUUACUAAACCUCAGGCACUUAUACACCUUGUGUUACGCCUUUUUUUUUUCUUCUUUUCAUUCCGGUCAUAUGACUGGGGGUUGUGGGAAGGGGAGUGAUACGUAACAGCUUGGCUGUGGUGCUCUUUGCCUCCUCCUGCUGGCCAGGAGUGAUAUUCCCAACAGUAAUUGAUGAAGCCGUGGACUCACCAUAUCCGGAAAUAAAUUUAUCAGGUAAGCAUAAAUUUAGUUUUUUUGAAUAUGGGAGUGACCUUUGCAUAUUUGAAAGAAGAUAGGAAUUAACUGGUAGAAAGGAAUAGGUUUAAUAUGUGUUGGUCCAUUAAAAAGUAUCACAAUCUACUUAAGGAACAUUCUCUGUGGGACCAAUACAGCAACAACACCUUCUGUUGAAGAUGUGCAUAAGAGCUGGAGUGAGGGUGGAAGACAGAAAAGGUAUUAGAUGUGAAGGGAUAGGGUUAAGCAGGCAGGUAGUGAUGCAUGAGGAAGACAGUAAGGAACAAACUUUAUUCUCAGUGGCUGGGGGGUGACUGUGGGUUGAGAUGGAAGAUUGCAGGCUUGUGUUGGGAUCUUAUUUUGGAUAGUAUGCAUUUUGUUUAAAAAGUAGUCUGCCAGGUCUUGAACACUAAAGAUGGAUGAAGGGGUGGUGCAGAUGGGUAGAAAAGGGUUGUUUAAGUUUGGAGGAAAUAGCUAUAAGAGAAGUAGCUUUGCUUGGCUAAGUGAAGGGCAGAUGUGUAUGAAGGAAGAAUGAACUUUUAUAAUGGAAGAAAUCCUGUUCAAAGCAAGAUUUCCUCCAGACGCUCAGCAGUGCGUGAGCAUAUGUGCAGGGGAGAGAGUAUCGUUAUAGUGGAGGUGUGAGGGAGGAGAUGUUGAAUAAGUUUGGAAAAUUGGAGUGGAUCCACAGCGUGCAGAUUUCUACAGGUGCAGGGGUGAGACAGAGAAAUGGGUUUAGCUAGUACAUUAAGAUUAUAGGUGAUCAGGUGGUGGUCUGAAAUGGGAAAGGGUGACAUAUAUACAGCAGGGGUAAGAAAAUAUCAGGCCAAUAAUGUUUUUGUCGAGGUGAGUACUGGUAGGCAAUUUAGUGAAUUGUGAGAGGCUGAAGGAGGAUGUGAGUGAAAGAAGUUGAGGCAGCAGGGGGCAGAUGGGGUAUUAAGUCCACCAGUAUUAGAGCGGGUAUAUUUAGAGAGAGAAAGGGAGGAAGCCAGGCGGCAAAGUUGUCAAGGAAUUGGGAGGUUGGUCCAGGAGGCCGAUAGAUGAGUCGAAUGCAGUGAGGAGGAGGAGACAUGGAAGUGGAGGCAGGUACUUGUAGGUGCAGGAGGGGGAGAGCAAGAUCCCAACACUACCACCAUAUCACUCACCUGCCCUAGGGGUAUGGCUAAUGUGGAGAUCACCAUGUGUGAGCAGCAAUGGAAGCAGUAGCUAAAAGGUUGAAAGAGUUAGAAAGAAACGGGUUGUGGCGUUUGUUGCAGACAGAACAAGCAUUUUAGAAAGCACAAGAAAAGAGAGGGGAUAAGUGCUGUGGGUUAAUGGAGAUGAAAUUGUUAGAAUUGUGUGGCCUAGAGUUUUUACUUUGGGAGAUUGAGCAAGAGUGUGAACAUUUGGUAAUUGUUAUGGGGCCAAGGUUGGGAGAGAUGUCACCAGCAGCAAGGAGUAGUAGAAGUGAGAGAAGGCGAGAGUGAGAAUUGUAACAGCGGGUAUGAUGGGAGACAGCGGAAGACAGGCUAGACAUAUAUAAAUAGUAUCUUGUUUUCCUUUCCAUUGUUACUAGACCUAUAAUCUCUCACAUUUCAAGCAUACCAAAGCAUAAAUUUGCAUUCCUUCUCAGAAAAACAAAAUGUUUCAUUUAUAUCAUUUAUUAGGACAUAUGAAAUUUCUCCAGAACCUGGGCUUUGGGAAGAUGGUUUCUUUGAAUGGCUUGCUCCUUUUCUAUGCAAUUCUUGUGUGCCUGCUCCUAUUUUCAACAUUCUACAUGCAGUCUAGAAUUGGAUAUCUGGAAGAGAGACUCUCCUCCAUCAGCCCAUUUAAGGACCGUUCCUUUAAGGACUUGACAUUAGACCCAGGUCUGGGAAACUGGCAUAUUAAUGCAAAUGCAAUUUGUGAUGAAUUGACCGCCAACCUGGCAAAACUAGACAAGAUUCAAAGAAAUCUUCAACGUCUUCUGGAAGAUACAAAUUAAUUGAAUUAGGAAAUGAAGAAUCUAGUGAAUUAUUUUUCACUUCCAUGAUGGCCUCUGCUGGACAGAGUUUACUCUUCUUCUAAAGCUUAAUGCACCGAAGUCAGGUCUUCCACCUCAGGAAUGUUUGCAAUUACUACCGUGAUGCUGGCAAAUUUAUUUUUGUAUACAUUGCUUCUAUUUCAAAUGAGGAUAUUCUGCAUUUCACUGUGAAAAUAAGUACUUACAAAUAUUUUGCACAUAUUUCAAGAAUAAUUUAUAAGGAAACACUCCAUUUUAUAUAUUUUAUUUAUCUUCAUGUAUCGUAUGCCUGUAUUGAAAUGUGAUAUCUUGAUAGAAAAAAAUUUUCCUACAUGUUUUUACUGUACAUUUAAAGGGACAGUUAAGUGAAAAUUAAACAUUGGUGACCAAUUUUCUUCUUAUCAAAUUUGCUUUGUUGUCUUGGAAUUAUUUGUUGCUUAGGAGUGUGCAUGUGCCUUUAGUAUUCUAUAGUAGCAGUUUUUGCAACUAUGUAUAACAUUGUUGUAAACAUUGUUGUAAACACUGCUGCCAGAUGGGUAAAGACAUGUGCACGCUCCUGAGCUCACCUAGGAUUGAUCUUUAACAAAGGAUACCAAGAGAACAAAGUCAUAUUUAUAAUAAGUCAAUUAAAAUGUUUAAAAUGCCAUGCUCUAUCCAAUCUAUUUAAAGGGACACUAAACCCAAAUUUUUACUUUCAUGAUUCAGAUAAAACAUGCAAUUUUAAGCAACUUUCUAAUUUUCUCCUAUUAUCAAUUUGUCUUUGUUCUCUCACUAUCUUUAUUUCAAAAUCACAAAUGUGAUGCAUAGAAGCCGGCCCAUUUUUGGUUGAGAACCUGAGUUAUGCUUGCUUAUUGGUGGGUAAAUGUCAGCCUCCAAUAGCAAGCGCUAUCCAUGGUGCUGAACCUAAAAUGGAUAAUAGGAGUAAAUAAGAAAAAUUGAUAAUAGGAGUAAAUAAGAAAGUUGCUUAAAAUUCCAUGCUCUAUCUGAAUCAUGAAAGAAAACAUAUGGGUUCAGUGUCCCUUUAAGUUUAAUUUUGACUUUACGGUCACUUCACAGCUGCAACAUAAUUUUACUUUUACAUAACUGCAAAAAUGGAUUUUGUAUACGGUAAGAAUAGUUGCCUAUCUAGUGUAACUUAAAUGAGCAUUAUUUGUAGCAGACUGCUGUUUGCAAACAGCCAGAAGUUGAGGAAAUAUUGACCUAUACUCCAUAAUGUAGUUAAUGUAACAAUUAAAUAUGUCUGUUUGAAACCAGAGCUCAUUCAACUAACCAGUUAGACUUGUUUACGUUACAUUUUAUUGUAUGGUGAUGUAGCUUUUAGUUUGAAAAUGCAACAUUUCAUUACAUCUGCCUAGGUCCGUUCUUGAUUAUUUCAUUUUUUAUUUUUUUUUGUAACUUUAUUUAUACAGUAUAAAAAUACUGAUCACAUUGACAUUUUCACCCUGUAUAGUCUGCAUUGUGUAUUUUGUACACUUGCUUAAAACUUGCACAAUGGCAUUGUAAAACAGCCACAGAAUACAGUGUUAUAUUUUGUGGUGUUGAGUUUAAAAAGCAAGAUAUUUUAAAGUUUUUGUUCUUGUCUAAUAAUUUUUGCUUUGCACUUUUUAAGUUUGUUUUUGUUUUAUUUUUUGUAAUCUCAAUUUAUUUUGUAUGCGACCAAAAAAGAAUAUUUUUGAAUUAUUUAUAAAACUCUAAUCUUUUCUGGGAUUAAAUCUAUUUUCUUCAAGUUGGGGUUAGUUGUAAAAAAGAAAAUGGAUAUAUUACAGGCUAAAUUGGUUCAGAAUAAAUUUUGCUUAAAAGGGGUACACUUUAUACAUUUCUGUGAAAUGUUUUUUUCAUACUGUUAAUAUGUUCAAUAAAACUUUAUUUAUGCUGUCAAA